AUGUUGUCACAGUAUGUCUUCUGCAAAUUUCCUUUGCUUUCGACAUCGUCUGCAUCUUUCUUCUUGCUUUCCCUUCCUUUUGCCCUUUCUAUCAACUUCAGGUUUCAUUCCUAUGGCUCAAAUCCUCGCAACAUUGAAAAGUCUGUCACUACUUUCCACGCCUUGCUUCAUAGGCAUCCUCGUCCCUCUACAAUCCAAAUUAGUAAGAUUUUAGGAUCUAUUACACGGAUAAAAUAUUUUCCUACUGCUAUCUCCCUUUUCGCACAAGCUGAAUCCAAGGGAUUCAUGCCAUGUUUGGUUGCACUGAACAUCUUGAUUAAUUGUUUCUAUCAUGUGGGUCAAAUGACUUUAACUUUCUCUGCCCUAGGCAAGAUUCUUAAGGUGGGCUGUCAACCAGAUACGAUUACUUUGAAUACACUGAUGAAGGGCCUUUGCAUCAAUAAUGAUGUUGUGAAGGCCUUAGAUUUUCAUGAUGAUCUUGUAGCAAAAGGGUUUCAGUUAGACGUAAAUAAAAUUAUUGAUGGUUUUUGCAAGGAAAUGUCUCCUGAUAUUGUGACCUACAACUCUCUAGUACAUGGUUUUUGUUCUAUGGAUAAGUGGCUAAAAGCUAUAAAAUUGUUUAAUCAAAUGAUACUUGAAGGCAUCAACCCUAACAUUCAUAGUUUUAAUAUACUGGUCGGUGCAUUUUGUAAGGAAGGGCGUGUCACCAAAGCUAAAGCUAUUGUUGGCAUGAUGAUGAAGAGUGGUGUGAAACCUGAUGAAGUCACUUACAACUCUUUAAUGAAUUGGUACUGUUUGAUUAAUAAUGUUAGUGAGUUAAGUGAAUUGUUCAAUAAGAUGGUCAAGAGUGGCUUGGCUCCUAAUAUUAUUUGUUAUAGUAUUUUAAUUAAUGGAUUUUGUAAAAUCAAGACGGUAGAUGAUGCCUUUGAUCUCUUUAAAGAAAUGAAGCGCAAAAAUUUGUUUCCUGAUAUUGUCACCUAUAGCUCUCUUGUUGACGUCAAUGGCCAUCCUUUGGAUGUCCAAGCAUAUAAUGAAAUGAUCCAUGGACUCUGUAGAAAGGGAUUGUUUGAUGAGGCAAAGGCAUUGCUUUAUAAAAUGAAAGAGAAUGAGUGCCCCACUUGA